UUCAUCAUCGAGACAGUCGUUGUGUCAGGUACAACGUCGACUCAAACCCUGCUCGAAAUCGCCAAGCUAUGUGUCGUACGUUCAGGACACAUUACACGGCCCGCCUCCUUGCCUGGACCUCUUUAGUUCUUCAACCGGACCAACUUUGCAAGGUUACUGAAGCCUCAUGAUGCGCAACCUUCUGAUGUUCUCUCUGCUUGGUGUUCUAUACUGAAAAGACAAGUGUUAUAUUUAGUCGUCUUCAAGUGUAAAACAGCGCUAUCACGAGUGAGGACUGCUCUUCACAGUAAACAAUGCUCUUGCUCUCCGCCGACCCCAUAUGAGGUCAGGAGGGCCAAACCUUAACGAGGCCGAUGAGCAAGGGAUUCCGGCAACUAUCCUCUUCUAUUCACUCAUGGGUGAACUACUCUUCCGCCUGACACCAGUACAACUUCCGAACAGGACCAUGAACUUCAAUUUACCGCGGUGGCAAAGAGAAGAUCGUUCACUGGUAUCUGCAUGAUUGUCCUACAUUCCAUAAAGGCUGGUAACUUGGUCUACUUGUCUUUUUCAUUCUCAGCUCAGGCCAGAAAUCACUCACGUCAAUUGGGAGUUCAUGUCAACGAUUCGUCUCACGGCUUAGGUUCAGCAUACUUAUGUUAUGCUUCUAUCAACUGUCAACCGGCAUUCCAUGCAUUCCCAUACGGAUCUCGGAGAAUUCCUUCGUGCCCUGAUUCUAUUUAUGAGGAUCUCGAUCAUUUAGAGGACGUAGAAAGCAUCCUCGAUGAUGCAGGUCAAGAGCACAUGCAUACAUGGACCGCGGCCAAGCUAAAUAGUCAUGAGGGCAGAUGAGGCACUGUGCUUUCAAAUAAAGGCCUAGAAGCUGAAUUCAUCUCUGCGAGGACAACAGUUAGUAUCUCGGCAAUCCGGUGUUUUCCCCCGAUGGAGCUGUCAACCAUAGGACACCGGUUUGGUGACAGGCCGCCAUUGUUGGCAGUUCAGUACAUUUGAGCUUGUGCCAAUGAGGUCUCGCUAUCUGCGAUGGAUGUCGAUCGCAAACAGAGACGUCGUAUUCUGACUGCGCGAAUGUGGAAGCAACUGUAGGUGCUACUACGCCAUCUUGCAUUUUUGCCUUGCCAGGUCGUGCUCUAUCCUGUGUUUUAUUGAAGGUUGUCCUCAGAAAUUGCUGGUACAUUGUGGACGGCUCUGAAGCCUUCUACUGGGAGGUUACUCGACGACAUAUUCUCUCAACCUUAUGGGUCCUGAUUAACAAAGGUUGCUAUACCAUCCGUACUUGUGCCCAUACGUGAAGUUGCUGCGAAGGGCUUUUGCGGAUUUGCAUUGGAAGUGUUCGCAGACUAGCGACCUGCAUCCAAGCGCAAAGACGCGUCCGCUGUCGCUCUAGUUCAUGCCAUUGUUUUGUGGUCAAAAUGAAUUGUCCACGCUGUGUUUCAAAAGUGGCCGGCCGAUCAAACACAAAGCGGGUGGCACCCUCCUUUGACAUGACUUCUUUGGCCUUUUCAUCAAACGGUAUAAAUACCCCUCGCCCAUUCCCACAAAUGAGCACACCCAAUUAUCGUUUUGAGCUCAUACACAUCUCACUCUACAAUCCCAGCCUCAUUUAUCCAAAACCACUUUUAGCCCUGCCCGCUUUGCAUAUGCAAUACAAAAUGCAGCAUUCAUCCUCAACAGUUUCAACCAGAACUUCUAGAAGUGCUGCUCAUCCUAUUGUACGUCCGCCUACGGAUAGUCACUCCGGCUCCGACGUUUUUUCUGCGAGGCGCGAGCGCAGACUCAGUCAAGACUCGAGCCCAUCCGAAUACUCUCAAUCGUCGGCGCCAUCUUCUUGUUCUACAAACACAGUCAGACCUUCUGGCAAGGAUUCCCAAUCUUCGGCUUCAAUUACAGGCUCGUAUUCCGCAAAUAAAGCCUUGAAGGUCGCUGGCACUUCUACUGGAUCUUCGUCUGCGUCGAGUCGCCCCCAGUCUGCUUCGGGCUCCGUUAACAGCAAGGUCCCCAAGGAGCCCAAACCCCGCAUUCCCCCACAGCCUCUUGAUCUCUCGCUCACUCGACCUGACUCUGCAUCCCGAAAGUCCACAUCUUCUACAGGCUGGGUAUCACUUGGGCCAGCUAUUUCAACGAUAUCCUUGUCUGAAUCGACGCUUUCUGACCCGGACUAUGGAUUACGCGGUCCUGAAAGGAUCGAUCCUCGGAAUCUAAACAUCAAGACGAUAUCCCCCCCUCUUAGCCCAACGGAGAGCUUAUUUUCGGAAGUGUCCGAUUAUUAUCAUCAGGUCGUCGAACCAUCAGCUGCGAAUACCGUGAAGACUGGUAGCACUCUCCUACUGCCAAAGAAGCGAAAGCCAGACAAACGUCCUGUGUCCUUGAUUGCUUCCCUUCGUCAGGUCUCUCGCGUCCGAUCGAGUAUUAACAGCAUACGUCUGCCUGCAGGAAAGAUGAGCUUGACAUACCAGGAGCUUCUGCAGGCUAUAGAGCAAGGGUUGUCCGACGAAGCUGCUCGUUGCGGUGAAGCCUUACUUGCGUUCAUAAAUGGCACUAUCGCAAGCGUGGAAUCUGGUUUCACUACCGCGAGUCGCAAUGAUUCGGUUUUCAUCUCAGCAAGACAAAGACUCAAGGGUGGGUGCGCAGCCUUCGCUGCCACCAGCGACCUCAUGCUGGACGAACACGGACGGAACACGAGGAUGGCAUCGAGCAGUUUUUUGUGGUCGGCCUUUAACAUGUAUCUUUCUGUUUCUUCAGAUCUCGAGAUGAACCUUCUCAACGAAACCCUCAAGCAGAGUGGGGAGCUCAGUGUCUAUGGCUCGAUGACAGUGUGUAGUGAAGAACCAUCGAAGUCCGAACUGCGGGAUAUUGCCGGACUCUCGAGGAAGACACUUUCUUUACUAUCUUCCGAACCAGACUAUAAUCGCACGUCUGCACCGCUCAUCAACGUUCUCCGCAGGAUUGCUCGUGCAGCUGCCGAUCCCGCCCGUGCUCGGCGAGGGCGCUCUGAUUCAGUUGUUCCUCCUGUUGAGAUCAUUUCAACCGUGGAAGAUGCCUUCACCGCACCAGGAUCGAAUCGAGUCAGCGAACAACCAACUUUCAAUAUGUGUGCGCCCUGGAUUCGAUCUUCAGACGUUCCCGCACAACGCGACAGUUCUACUGUCGUCGGCUCCUCACGAGGCUUGCAAACUGUUCCUGUUCGAUGCGAAUCUCCAGAACAACACACUGGCACACUCUCGGACUCGCACGUUGAAACGGCUGAACAAACAUCCGAGCUCUCUAGCCGUACUACUAGUUCUGUUCCGCGCUCUGGCCAGUCUCUUUCUUCUGUCGAUCCCAAUAGCCAAGCCCGCACUUCAGGAAGUUCCACUGCAACAUCCGAACAUUCUUCAAGAGGCAACGAUCGUCGAUCUCGUCGCUCUUCUGUCAGCACGGUCAAGUCCGGUUCUCGACAUACGACCUUCAAGAUAGUUGAUGCUCCUGCGCUUCCAACUCCGAAUGCACCUUCCGUCUCGAGCAGUCACCAUUCCGCAAAGGAAGAGAAGACAUCAUUAAACGAAAGAAAGUCGUCAUCCAAUGAAGGAAAGGUGCCUGAAAGGAAGACACCGUCAAAGUCUGGUUCUAGUUCUACGGUACGCUCUCAACGUAGGCGACGAACUCAAUACACACCGGCAUCUCCUCCGGCAUCUCCUUCCUCGUCUUCCGACUCUGUUCCAUCUAGCUACGAGUUUCGGUUCGAUUCUUCUUUGUCAGAUUCCGAUUCAGGUCCCGAGCGAGAGUCUCGUCCAUCUUCGAAGAAGAGCAAGACUCCCAUUCGAGCUAAGUCUCAAUUCAUAACUGGGGGCAAGAAACAUGAUUUAGCGUCCAAGAAAUCUUUUUCUUCUCUCAAUACUCUUCCUGGCGACGGGACUUUCUCUGCCUUGGUCAACAGCCUCGAGCUCGAUAUCAGACAGACUCUCCUCUUGUUCAGCGAUGAUGGGGAUUUCUACCAACGUGAACUACUUGAUGGUACCCCUUUUCUUGGCUCGACAAUCGGUUAUGAUCUGCAACUGGAUACCAACGGAGGUGUUUUUGCUGCUAGUAUAACUGCUCUGAUUCGUCUCCUCGCUCAACCAGCUGGUGUGCUAGAAAAUUGCAAGGCAGAUAUCCUCGACACAUUCCUUAUUUUCUUCCGAUCUAUCACUACCCCAGCGUACUUCUUCAAGCUGCUCGUAGAGCAAUACAAUGCAACUCGUUCCGCUGGCUUAUCUAAAGAGGAGACACGGGCUUGGAAUCAGAAGAUCAUUCUCACCAAGAUUAAUAUUGUCGUUGUUCUUCAGACUUGGCUGAGGCAUCACUGGAUUGAAGCGCAAGAUGGCCAUCUCCUCGACGAGAUCAAAACCUUUGCGCAAGACAAAGUGACUAAAGACUCUGCUCUACCCGUCCAAGUCUCUGGGGUUCUCGCUAAUUCUUUGAUCGAGUACGCUGCUGGACGUCGCACCAAACAUGCUCCACGAGUAGAGGAAUGCAUUAGGCGAGGACAACAGAACCAGCCCGAUUACCCACCGACUGCAUUUGAGCCCCGUCUCGCUUCACUACAAGGGGUCUCUGAGAAACGCUUGGCUAAGAUCAGUAUUACAUUCUUCUUGAAGGAUGGUGGUGCUGAGGAGCUUGCGAGAGCGAUUACGAAACUGGAGUGGACGUACUUCCAUUCCUUCCCGCCGGAAGAAAUUUCACUCCUCCGCAAGAAAGACCAUUCACAAAGCAUAGCUAUCUGGGAGAAGUUCACGGCUUCUUUUUACUGCUGGGUCAGCAUGGCAGUUAUGAACGGUGAAGAUAGUGCCGCUGAUCGAGCAAAAAGUUAUGAGCUAUUCGCGAAGAUCGCAAUGCUUUGCAAGGAUAUGAGAAACUACAACUCAUCUCACACAAUCCUUUCUGCACUUCUUUCACCGGCCGUCAUUCGCAAUGAAGCUAUGCUCGAUAACGUGUCGCAGGACCAUAAGAAUGCUCUCAACGAAUUGCAACAGUUCUUCUAUGGUUCGCCAAAUUUCCGCAAAUAUAGGGAGGAAUUGCCGCAGUUCCUACCUGCUGUUCCAUUUCUUGGCGUUAUAAAAGCAGACGUUCAAGCACUCGACCAGACCAUCAAGCGCUGCAUCGGCUGCGUUAUCGAGGAGGGUCCGGAGAAGGUGCCCCAGUGUGUCUUUGAAGUUGAACGAUACAUUCACCUCCGCGGGCUUGUGCGAGAUUUGGAGCGAUGUUAUGCAGCUUACAAGUUUCCCCAGAACGACCUCGUUAUUCGGUGGAUUCGGCUUAGCUGUAGUAGAUACGAUGCAAGCAGGCUGCAAUCAGCGAAUAAGGUGCCCGUCCAGUAAAUACCGAAGCCAAUGGAACCAAAAUAUCAAUGGAUUCACUUUGGUAGCUGAUUCCAGCCUCUUCUUUCCAUAUUUAUCUUAGUUUAUUUCGAAUUUUUAUCAACCUCAUUCAAUCUCACAACGUGUUUUCACGACACCUCGAUUGCCUUACUAUUUACCCUCCUCUCCUGUUACCGAUAUUCUUCUACUCAUUUAUCUAUGUCAUUCGCCGUAGCUUCCCUAUAUAUUGGUCCUUUCUUGGCUC